AUGGGUCUAAAGAAAAUGUUUAUGAAAAAAGAUCCAACUGAACAAGAAUUAAGAGAAGAAUUAAAUAGAGUUGGUAUAACAACAAAAUCAAAUAAUCAAAGACAAGAGAAAUUUGGUGCUUUUAAAACUUAUGCUCAAGAAAGAGCUCAAAUGAAACCAGGUAUGGCUCCAGUAAAUCCUUAUGCAAAUGUUCAAAAUAAUGAUCCUGCUCAAAAUCCAUAUGCAAAUAAUAAUAUAAAUAAUAAUGGAGGAGAUAGUCAAAAUGAUCAAUUUAAAAAUGAUUCUUAUCAAAAAAGUUCUAGUCCUUAUUCAUCAUCUAAUAAUUCCUCAAAUCCAUAUAAUAAAAGUAAUAGUCUGUCAUCAAGAACUUUAGCAUCAGAUCCAUAUUCAAUGCCAACAAGAAGAGAUCAACCACAACAAAGAUCAUCACAAAGACCACCAAGACAACAACCACCAAAUUCACAAUCACAAAAUAAUAUACGGAGUAAUCAACCUGUUUCAAGAAUAUCAACUAGACAAACUAUGGGUGAUACUGAAUCAUCAUUAGAUCUUAAUGCUAUAUCAUCACAUCAAAUGUUUAAAAGUAAUAAACCAAUAAGGAAACAAGAAUUUAAUGAAGAUGAAGAAGAUGAUUCUAAUUUAGAUUUAAAUGAUCAAUUCAUAUCAGAAGAAACAGAUGAAAAUUUAGAUUUAAAUUUAGAAAUACCAGGAGAAGAAGAACAAGUUAAUUCAGAAGAUGAAGAAGUUGAAGCAAUAAAACAAGAUAUUAGAUUUAUAAAACAAGAAUCAGUACAAUCUACCCGUAAUACAUUAAGAAUGGCACAAGAAGCAGAUGCUUCAGGAACAAAUACUUUAGGAAUGUUAGGAUCACAAUCUGAGCGUUUAUUUAAUGCAGAACAGAAUUUAUUAUUAGCAGAUACUCAAACUCAAAUAGCUGAUGAAAAAGUUAAAGAAUUAAGAAGAUUAAAUAGAUCAAUUUUUAUACCAGCUUAUGGAAAUCCAUUUAAUAAAAAAUCAAGAUUAAGACAACAAGAAGAAAAUAUAAAAAAUAGAAAAAUUCAAGAAAAAUAUUUGAGAGAAACUAAUAGACAAGGAAUGUAUGAAAGUGAACAAAGAUUAAAACAAGGUUUAAUGAAUAAUGCAACAAAUAAUGAUAUCCACAAGAAAUAUUCAGAUGAAAAAAAUUUAAAUCAAGCAUCAAGAUAUCAAUUUGAAAAUGAUUCAGAAGAUGAUGAAACUGAAAAAGAAAUUGCAUCAAAUUUAAAUGAAAUUUCAAAUUAUACAAAAAAAUUACAUGGUAUUGCAAAUACAAUGGGUAAAGAAGUUGAUAGUCAAAAUAUAAGAUUAAGAAAAAUUGAAGAAGAUGCUGAUAAAUUAGAUAUUAAUGUUCAUAUGAAUAGUACAAGAUUAAGUAAUAUUAGAUAA